AAGCAGCGGUCACGCUGGUUUUGUUAAUUUUGGAAGAGUAAUACAAUUUUGUUGUUCUCUGUCGGCAUUUUCAACUAAGUGCCGCCUGCUAAUAAACAUAUUUAUUUAACCAUGGAGGAGCAGGCUUGCCCACGAUGCAAGACCACAAAGUAUCGCAACCCAUCUCUCAAGUUGAUGGUGAACGUUUGCGGGCACACACUUUGCGAAUCAUGCGUGGACAUGCUCUUUCUCAAGGGCUCCGGCGCCUGUCCUGAGUGCAUGGUUCCGUUGCGGCGUAACAACUUUCGUGAGCAGCUGUUUGAGGAUCCCAUGGUUGAGAAGGAGGUGGACAUACGGAGGCGAAUAUUGCGGGACUACAAUAAGCGCGAAGAGGACUUUGCCUCGCUGGAGGAGUAUAACGAUUAUCUGGAGGAGAUUGAGGAUAUCAUUUACAAUCUGUGCAACAACAUCGAAGUCAUCGAGACCAACAAACGUAUCGAAGCAUACAAGCGUGACAAUCGAGAAGUAAUUCAGCGCAACAAAACACGUGUUGGACGCGACGAAUACGCGCUGGAGGAACUGUUGGAGAUAGAGCGGGCGCAGGAGGAAUCACGCAAGAAGGAAUUGGAUGAGCUGGAGACGGAACACAAGAAGAAGAAGGCACGCGACAAGCAGGCGCUCAUUGAAGAGCUCAUGUAUAGCGGCAAAGAUGCUGCCCAAAUUGUCAGCGAGUUUGCCGAGAAGGCGGAAAAGCAGCGCGAGGAAGAGAAACAGCUGCCGCCACCAAAAGCAGCAACAGAAUUCUCCACAGGCAUCAAAUUUGGUCAAUCGGCUGAUCCAACGCUGCUGCCAGUGCCCAAGUCUGAGGAAGGACCUCUAUUCAACUACGAACCUUACUUACCAUACACCGAGGGACCGAUGGCGCCGCAUGCCAUCGAUAUAGAGACCAUGGGCUACAUUCAUCACAUACGAACCGAGACGCCACAGGAGAAUGCCGGCGGCUUCACCUCCACAUUGGCCUGCCAGCGUGCUCUCGAGGAGGCGCUGCAGUGUCUCUAUUUUACGCCCACAGCUGGCCUCGGCGUGGGACUUUAGCAUUAAGCAUAGGAUUUGUAAGAGCACAGCACGCUUAGUAACCUUUGUUGAACAAAUGUGUCUCCUAUAGAAAUGCAUUAUUUCCAUACUCUAUAAUCUAAUUUAUACAGGCAAACUAAUAAAUAUAUAUAUACAAUGAUC